AUGGCGAACACAAGUUUGGCUCUUCCAAGUGAUCAUUACCCCCACCUUCUUCCCUCGGCCGCAGCCAAGGGGCAGGGCCGACGGAGGGGCCGUCCUGAGCCUCUGCGCCCCCCCUCCCAACCUCUCUCUGUCUCUCUCUCCCCGCAACCUCCGCACCGGGCACGCACCGCCCGGAGGUCAGCCCCGCAGUCACCCGGCCGCUCCUCUCCCCGGCUCGCCCCACGGUCGGUGCAGCCCUCGGGGUCCCUGACCUUCGCCGCGCCCCCAUCCUGCUGCAGGGCCGCGGCGCGAAGGUUGGACUUCGCCCUCGCGCGCGCCGCGUCACGCGCGGGGAGGGGUCUGAGCUCGGGUCGGAGGGGGCGCUGCGUGGUCCUCGGCGCCCGGGGAGCGGCGGGGCGGGGGGGGGACGCCGCGGGGAGCGACCGCCCCCGGAGCCUCGCCACAGCCCGCAUCCUGGGGCUCCCGGUUGAUUUGCCAAACAGAGUCUUUUCUGCUUGGGCUCCGACACUGAAGGGGUUCCCUGACUGCUCAGCGGUCCCGCCACGAGCUGCUGCCACUUAUCACGAGCCUUUCCCGCUACGAGCUGGCGGAGACCUGAGCCCUUCUGGGCCGAGGAUGGGCGAAGGGCGUCAGCUGCCCGGGUCACCCGGGGGGCGGCCCGGCGGCGGCGGUGCCAGGGCGCAGAGCUCCCUGCUCGGCUUCUUCGUGCACGCGUGGCUGUGGGCUGCCUCGGGCUCAUCCGCUCAGGUCUUCAACCUCAGUCUCUCGGUGGACGAGGGACUUCCCCCUGGCACGCUGGUGGGCGACAUCCGCGCGGCGCUGCCGGCCGCGCAGCAACAGGAGGGAGACGGGUUUUUUCUCUCGGAGGACUCGGAGGACUCCCCGCUGCUGGAGGACUUCCACGUGCACCCGGACACCGGCGUCAUCCGCACCGCGCGGCGCCUGGACCGCGAGCUGCGGGACCGCUACAGCUUCGUGGCCGCCACGCUCCUGGGCGAGGUGGUGCAGGUGGACAUCCGCGUCUGCGACGUCAACGACCACUCGCCCCGCUUUCCCCGGGACUCCGUGCAACUCGACGUCUCCGAGCUGAGCCCUCCGGGUACCGCUUUCCGCCUGCCAGGUGCCCACGACCCCGACGCGGGGCUCUUUAGCAUCCAGGGCUACACCCUGGUGGCGGCAGCGUCGCAGCUGCCCGACGACCCCCAGGGACCUCUCUUCCAGUUGCGCUACGGGACGCCGAGGUCUCCACAUUCGCCUUCCCGGCCGGGUUCACCGUCGUCGCCCCUGGAACCCCUAGACUUGGUGCUGCUGCGACGUUUAGACCGAGAGGCGGCGGCGGCGCACGAGCUGAACAUCGAGGCGUGGGACGGUGGCUCUCCGCGGCGCACGGGCAGCCUGCACGUGCAGCUGCGCGUGCUGGACGAGAAUGACAACCCGCCAGUUUUUGAGCAGGAGGAGUACCGCGCCUCCGUCCGGGAGGACGCGCCGGCAGACACCGAGGUGUGUCGCGUGCGCGCCACCGACCGGGACCUGGGGUCCAAUGGCCUGGUGCGUUACAGCAUCAGGGCGCGGCAGGUGCCCGGGGCGGGCGCAGGUGGCAGGACGCUGGAUGACGCGGCCUCCUUCUGGGUGGAGGAGCUGAGCGGCGUGGUGCGGGUCCGGAGACCCCUGGACCGCGAGGCGCGGGCCUGGCACCAGCUGGUGAUCGAGGCCCGAGACGGAGGCGCUGAGCCCGAAGUCGCCACGGUGCGCGUGUCCAUCGCAGUGCUGGACGUGAAUGACAACCGGCCCGCCAUUCACGUGCUCUUUCUCACGGAGGGAGGCACGGCCCGGGUCUCCGAGGGCGCCCGGCCAGGUGAUUACGUGGCUCGCGUGUCGGUGUCCGACGCAGAUGGUGAGCCAGAGAAGGGAGAAGAGGUCGCCGCCGCCGGGGAGCUUGGUGGUGGUCUUGGGGCUGGGAGCAUCUCUUUGGCUUUGGAGGGUGGAGAGGGAGCCUUCGCCCUGCGGCCCGGGGGCUCCCCUGGAGUCUUUUUCCUUUGCGUCGAGGAGAUGCUGGACAGGGAGAGCCACGAUCUGUAUGACUUGCGCCUGGUCGCCACUGACGCGGGGUCCCCACCUUUGAGCACGGUGGAGACGCUCCUGCUCCGCGUAGCGGAUCUCAACGACCAGCCUCCUGUCUUCAGCCAGGAGCACUAUCGGGCUUCGGUGUCCGAGGCGGCGGCCCCAGGCACGGCCGUGGUGUGGGUCAGCGCCUCGGAUGCGGACGAGGCUGGCACGGAUCACUCCCGACUGCGUUACACUCUUUCCCAGCUAUCCACGGACUGUCACCCGGGGGUCCUGUCGCCCGAGGCGGAAUGCGGGCCAUCAUUCGGCAUCCAUCCUGAAAGCGGUGCCAUCAGCACCAUCCGAGCUCUAGACCGAGAGCUCCAGGAGACGGUGGAGCUGAGAGUGGAGGUCCAGGACCACGGAGAGCCCCCGCUCUCGGCCACCUGCUUGGUGAGCAUUACUGUGGAUGACGUAAAUGACAACGAGCCCAUCUUCCGGAAGCAGGUGUACAAUGUCACACUCGCCGAGCACGCUCCAGUUGGACACUGCUUUCUGCAGGUCAAAGCCUCGGAUGCUGACGCAGGGCUCUAUGGCGUUGUGGGGUAUUCUCUCGAUGAUGGAUUCCAAAGUUACAAGGCGCCUCCCAUGUUCCAGAUUGACCCACAGGAUGGGCGAAUCUGUGUGUCCCAAGAUAUUGACAGGGAACGGGAUCCGACCACUUUUGAUCUGCUGGUGAAAGCUAAGGAUGGGGGUGGUCUAAGUGCCCAAGCUUUCGUCCGCGUGGAGCUGGAGGAUGUGAAUGACAACCACCCCGUGUUUGCCCCAUCAACCUACAUGACCAGCAUCAGUGGCCAGAGCCAGCCAGGCACUGAGGUCAUCAACGUAUUUGCCAGUGACAGGGAUUCUGGGACGUAUGGGACGGUGGCGUAUGAACUCAUUCCCGGAGACCUGUCGUCUCUUUUUACCAUUGACUCCACCACAGGAAUUAUUUACUUAGCAUCAGCCCUCAGUCAUCUGGAACCCACCACAAUUCUCCUGAUGGUCCUUGCUCGUGAUGGUGGUGGGCUCACAGCUGCCGUCAACGCAGAUGUCACUGUGCACGUCCUGCAGAGCACACUAGCUCCGGCUGAAUUUGAAAGACCGAAGUACACGUUCUCAGUGUAUGAAGAUGUGCCCCAAGACAGUCUUGUUGGAACAGUGAAAGCAAGGGAGUCCUUGAAUUCCUCAGAACCAAUCUCUUACCACAUUUCCUCUGGCAAUCUGGACGGCAAGUUCUCCAUUCACCCUUGGCUGGGCACAAUUCGCACCCAGGAGCCUCUGGAUCAUGAAGCCCAGCCCGUGGUGGUCCUCACCAUCCAGGCACAGCUGGGCAACUCCCCCAUCUGCAGCAGCACUGAAGUCAAUAUAACGGUCAUUGACAUCAAUGACCAUCACCCGGAGUUUCACACUGCCUCUGAUGAGAUCAGAAUACCCAAGACCACACCUCCUGGCACAGCCUUGUACCUGGCCCGUGCAGAAGACAAGGACAGUGGCCUGAAUGGACUCAUCCACUACUCUGUUGCAAGCCCGAAGCCAAGCAUCUUCAGCAUGGACCGUGCACAAGGUCUGCUGUACCUCAGUGGGAGCCUGGGGGGUGAUGUACCUCAGGAACUCACGCUGACCAUCAUGGCAGAGGACCACGGCUCUCCUCCUCAGGCCUCUCUGAUGAUGUUGACCAUCGUUAUUGAAAGCCAAGAGCAAAGGCCAGCCUUGGCUUUUGAAAAUCUGGUCUAUCAAGUGGAAGUGAGUGAGAAUCUCCCACUGAUGACUCAAAUACUGCAAAUCCAGGCCUACCCACCGGGUCCAUGGUGCCCAGUCUCACAGGUGGUCUACUCCCUGGACGCCAGUGCUGACUCUGCAGUGUUCAGAAUGCACCCUCACACGGGGUGCAUUUAUCUGCGGAGGCAACUCGACUCUGAGUCUACAUACAUGUACAGGUUCAGAGUGUUUGCCCGGAUCCUGGGGGACACAAGAUCACAAAAUGUGAGCACAUCCGUAAUUGUGCGUGUCCUGGACGAGAAUGACAAUUCCCCCAUGUUCUUGCAUGACAGGUUGUUUUUGAAAGUGGAAGAGAGUCCUGUUCCCCUAGGGGUAAUAGGCAGAAUCACAGCUGUUGAUGCAGACUCUGGGAAGAAUGGACUUUUAUCCUAUUUCCUUUUGUCUGAUGGAAAAUUCUUCAAGAUGAACCCUAACACAGGCGAACUGAUCAGCUGGUUGGCCUUGGAUCGUGAGCAUCAGAGACACCAUCAGAUGACCGUCCUAGUGACUGACCACGGCUCCCCACCACGGAAUGCCACCACGAUGGUUUAUGUCACCGUUACCGACAUCAACGAUAACAGGCCGUUUUUCCCACAGUGUCUCCCUGGGAAGGAAUUUCAUAUCAAGGUUCUGGAAGGGCAGCCCGUCAAUAUGUUGGUGACAACCGUGUUCGCAAAGGAUCCUGAUGAAGGAACCAGUGCAGAAGUGACAUAUUCAGUCUCGUCAGACAAUUAUCCUGCUCACUUCAAGAUUGAUGCCAACAAUGGUGAAAUCAGAACCACUACAAUCCUGUCACACCAUUAUAGACCUGCCUAUAGGAUGACAGUCACCGCCCGUGACCAGGGAACACCUCCACUUCAAGGAGAGGCAAUUAUUAACAUCCAGGUGAUACCACUAUCCAAAGGGAGAAUGUUUGUUUCUCAGAAUAUCAGACAUUUAGUUAUCCCAGAAAACAUGAAGCCCACAAAAAUAAUGAGUGUGAUGAAGUCACCGGAUCACUUUCCGCCACAUCCUAGCGGACAACCCCACUUCAGUCUUGUUCCAGAGGACAAAGAUGGCCACUUUGAAAUUGACAGCUUGACAGGAGACUUGUUCCUGUCUAAGGAACUUGACUAUGAAGUGACGUCUCAUUAUCUCUUCAGGGUGAUUGCUCGAGACCACAGCCAGAGUCCUCCCCUGAACAGUACCAUCUUCCUCAGCGUUGAUGUGGAAGAUCAGAAUGACCAUACCCCAUCUUUCCAGGAUGAGUUUAUUGUGAUAAGUAUACAAGAGAAUGUCCCUAUAGGGACUCCAGUAUAUGUCUUCAAUGCCAAAGACGGUGAUGGCAGCUUCCUGAACAGUAGGGUACAGUACCUCAUGGAAUCCCAUCAUGUUGGAAUGAAUCCGUUCCUCAUCCACCCAUCCUCUGGCACACUGGUCACUGCGUGUCCCCUGGACAGAGAGCGCGCUUCAACUUUUCUCCUGACCAUAACUGCAUGUGACCAGGCUGUCAAUGUGACGGACCGGCGGUGGGGGUCACUGGUGGCUGAAGUGGUGAUCUUGGACGUCAAUGACCACAGCCCCGCUUUUGUGAGCUCUCCCCUUGCCCAUGUCAGAGAGGAUGCUGCUGUGGGCUCCCUGGUGCACCGGGUCAGUGCCCAGGACCCAGACGCAGGAAAGAAUGGAGAAGUAGCGUACCGCAUCCUCUCAGGAAAUGAGAACUCAACCUUUGUGCUGGAUGAGUCAUCAGGCUUUCUACUGACAACUUGUCCUUUGGACUAUGAAGUCAAAACUCAGUACAUCUUGACUUUCCUGGCCCUUGAUGGUGGCAUACCAUCACUUUCUUCAACCCAGACAAUGACAAUUACUCUCCUUGAUGUGAAUGAUGAGACACCAGUGUUUAAGCAACACCUGUAUGAAGCUUCAGUUAAAGAAAACCAAAGGUCAAGAGAGUUUGUCAUAAAGGUUGAAGCUGAGGACAGAGACUCAGGAGUCAAUUCCAAACUUCAGUUUGAAAUCAUGCCGGGGGCUUUCUUUGGGUUGUUUGAGAUCAAUCCUGACACAGGAGAGGUGGUGACGGCUGCCACGCUGGACAGAGAAGCUGAGGAAGUCUUCACUCUCCGAGUACUUGUACGAGACGCGGGAGUCCCUUCAUUAUCCAGCACCACAACAAUUCUCUGCACAGUCGAAGAUGAAAACGAUCAUCCCCCAGUGCCUGUUGCCCCCAGUCAUGCCAUUGAGGUUCUGGAAAACCGAGAGCCAGAGGUCGUCUACACUGUGUGGGCUUUUGAUAUGGAUGCAGGCAGUAAUGGAGUGGUCACAUAUCACAUCGUUGAUGGAAAUACUGAUGACUACUUUGCCAUUCAUGAAAGGUCAGGAGAGCUCUCAACCACUCGUGCUUUGGACCGGGAGCAAAUCCACAAUUUCACCCUCAUUAUUCUGUGCUCUGACCUGGGGCAUCCACCUCGGAGCUCUGUGAUGCAGUUGCAAGUCAGGGUUUUAGACGACAAUGACCACAGCCCUUCCUUUCCCAUGCUACAUUACCACUCGUCUGUGAGGGAAGAUGCCCCGGUGGGAACCGUGGUCGUGACACUUACUGCUGUGGACAGGGACGAGGGCCUCAAUGGGCAGACAGAGUACUUUCUGCUGGAUCAAAGUUCUGGUGCGUUCACUAUCGACCUGCUGACAGGCGUUAUGAGAACUGGCCUCCCUCUUGACCGAGAAUCCAGAUCUCAGCACACAUUUCAAGUUGUGGCCAGAGACUGCAGUGUCCAAGGCCCAAGAAGCACUGUGGUUACUAUAACGAUAUCUGUCACCGAUACCAAUGACAACUACCCCAUUUGGGAACAGAACCCUGUGGAUGUUUUUCUUUCUCCCAGUCUACCUAUAAAGCACACCAUUGCUCAUCUGAGAGCCCACGACCCAGAUGCAGGAGCCAACGGGACUGUCACUUUCAGUUUUGAAGGCGCGCCCUCACUGUUCUCCAUUGAUGAAUACACUGGGGACAUCAAGCUUCAGCAACACCCGGCUUCAGCAUACUUUCCCACGUGGCUGCUGGUAAAAGCCACAGAUCAAGGGGCUCCAGCGAGGACAAGCACAGGUCUCUUGGUCGUUCACAUGGAAGGAGAAGAGGUGAAGAUCACCUUCAGCCACUCUCUAUACGAAGGACUUGUGAGUGAGAACUGUGAGGCAGGUACUUCUGUGGUUACCAUAAAGGCUUUUGCUCCUGAUUCAACUCAAGACAGUGUUAAGUAUUCAAUUUUCAGUGGGAAUGAAGAUGGAGUUUUUUCCCUGGAUUCCAACUCAGGACAGCUCACUGUGGAAGAACCCAAGUUUCUUGACUUUGAAAUCAGGAAUGAAAUUCAACUCAUUGUUUUUGCGGAGAGCAGUGGACAUAGAGCCUACAGCCAAGUAUCAGUGUCCAUACAAGAUGUAAAUGAUAACUCCCCACGCUUUGACCGAAGAUCCUACCAAGCAUCAGUGUCUGAAGGCCAACUCUUCAAUGCUCAUGUCAUACAGGUUUUUGCUACUGACUUGGAUGGGGGGUUGAAUGGCCUGGUCGAAUAUUCCAUCAUCUCUGGCAACCAAGAUGAAGCCUUCCAGGUGGACGCGCUGUGCGGGGUGAUAACCACAAACGCCAUCCUGGAUCGUGAGUCCACCGGCUCCUACAGCUUGAUUGUGCAAGCCACAGAUAAAGGGAUGCCCAAGCUCUCUGACACAACUCUGAUAAAGGUUCAAGUGGCUGAUAUAAAUGACAAUGCUCCCAUCUUCCUCCCCUCCGAAGCUGUGGAAAUAGCAGAAAAUUCUUUGCCAGGUGUGACUGUAUCCCGGGUGUCAGCUUAUGAUGCGGACUUGAAUCCAGCCUUAACCUUCAGCUUUGCCAACAAGAGCAACCCCGGAGGCCACUUCACCAUCGAUCAGCACACUGCAGUCGUGACACUGGCAAAAACAUUGGAUUUUGAAGACACCACUGACUAUGAGCUGCUUGUCCGGGUUUCUGACUCAGUACACCAAGCAGAGGCGCCCCUCGUGGUCCGUGUGCUGGACGUCAAUGAUAACCCUCCAGUGUUUCCUCAAGAUUUCUAUCAGGCCACACUUGCUGAAUCAACACCUGGAGGGUACCCAGUACUGACUGUGUCUGCCACAGACUCAGAAAGCAAUGGGAACAUUUCUUACAGAAUCCGGUCCUCUGUUGAGGACUUCUCCAUUGAUCCCACAAAUGGCACCAUAGUCACUACCCGUCCAAUAUUACUUCUGGAUAAAAUAUCAACAUUUCGGUUUCUUGUUGAAGCCAGUGAUGGUGGAAUUCCUGCCCUAACGACUCUUACAUUAGUUGAGAUAGAAAUACAAGAUGCAAAUAAUUAUGCCCCUGAGUUUUCAGUGGGACACUAUAACCUUAGCUUGCACGAAGAUGUUCCAACCGGAAGCACACUCAUGACAUUUUCCACUAUUGACUAUGACUGGACUCUUGACAACACACGUGUCGAAUAUUCCAUCCUCAGUGGUAACUCGAAGAAUACCUUCCACGUAGAAAUUAACUUAGCUCACUCAGAAUAUCCUCAUCAGCAAGCUGGUUCCCUUGUGCUGCGUCACCCUCUGGACAGAGAAGCUCAGGCCAGCCAUACCCUUAUCAUUCUGGCAUCUGACCAAGGCUGCCCUCCGUUGAGUGCCACAGCCGUCGUAGGCAUACAAGUGCUCGAUGCCAAUGACAACCCACCCACUUUCAGCAGCCGAGAGUACCAUGCCCAGGUCAAGGAAAACACCCCUGUCGGAAGCCACAUCACUGUCGUGUCAGCCAGUGACCGAGACGUGGGUUCACAUGCGGAAGUCACCUAUGGCAUCGUUUCUGGAAAUGAGAAGGAACAUUUCUACUUAGAAGAAAAGACUGGUGUUGUGUAUCUGAUUAAACCUCUAGACUAUGAAGAGAUGAUAAAAUUUGCUUUAACCAUCCAAGCUACAGAUGAAAACCGACGCCAUGCUGCGUUUGCGAUAGUGUUUGUCCAUGUCUUGGACGACAAUGACCAUGCACCUCAGUUUAUGUCAUCUACCUUGAAUUGCACUGUUGCUGAAAGUCUGCCUGCUUUCUCCACUAUAUGCUCGGUCAAGGCUUUGGAUUUUGAUGCGGGUCCUUAUGGAGAAGUGACUCAUUCUAUAUUGUCACCCUGUCUGGUCACACACGGAACACCGCCCUCUCAAAAUCUCUUUGUCAUUGACCCUUUGACGGGGGAUAUUAGUGCUAAGCAAAUGCUUGACUAUGAAAGUGUUGACAAAUACUGUCUCUUGGUUCAGGCUAAAGACAGAGGCGGCUCCACGGCCUCCUUGGUUGUUUGGGUGGAAGUUGAAGGCGUUGAUGAAUUUGAACCCAUCUUCACUCAGGAUCAGUAUUUUUUCAACCUCCUGGAAAAGAAUCAAGGGCGACAGCUUAUUGGCAGGGUGGAAGCGUCAGAUGCAGAUGCUGGAGUAGAUGGGGCCAUUCUCUACUCCCUGGGAACCUCAUCCCCUUUCUUCUCAGUAAACAAAACCAAUGGCAAUAUUUACUGGAUGAGGGGUCCUUUCCUAAUAAAUAGCCAAAUUAGCAAAGAAGACACCUUUGAGGUGAAGAUAAUUGCUCACAGCCCGAAACCGAGCUCCAGGUUCACAUCGUGCACUGUGUUUGUGAACGUGUCUUGGGCCUCCGAGGGAAGCCACUCCGCGGUCUUUGCACAGAGCUUCUCGGUCAGUCUCGCCGUCUCCUGCUCAGUGUUCCUCUUAUUGGCCUGUACUCUGCUCAUACUGAUUUUCAGACAUAAGCACAAAGGCCCACUGCACAGCUAUGAGGAGACGAAGACGUCGCCACCUCCAGAGGCCGAUCUGAAACUGGCCACGGAUGCCAGCAAGCUCAAGGAGGCAGAGGAGACCCUGGUGUGCAAGGUGGCCUCGGGGCCUGGUGGCCUGGUGCCCACAGAAUGGCUCAACUUAAUGAGCCUCAUGGGCGAGGACGCUGGCUUGUACAGGCUGUCCACCUCCAGCGGCCACUGCUCCGUAGAAGGAGAGACGGCAGAAGACAAGGAAAUCCAGAGGAUCAACGAGCAUCCUUACAGGAAGGACUCGGGCUCCCCCCUGAGUGAUCGGGGAUCCAGGGUGCCAGACUCGGGCGUCCCCAGGGACUCAGACCAGCUUUCUUGUUUGUCUGAGGAGACAGACAUGAUGGCCGGUGCUGAGGCAGCAGAAGGCAGCCGUCCGUUUGAGGGAGUUGAAAGCUGCCAGGCCGUCUAUAACCCAGAUGAUGUGUCAUCCCAGAAGACAGAGGUGACAGCAGCUCUCUCGGCUGACAGCCAGAGACAGCCCCUCCCGUCAGCUGAGCAGGGCGCAAGAUGUGCAGGGCUUUCGACUCACACUGACUCUGGCGAGCAUGCAAAAGGCGUCUACCCCUGGGAUUUUCUCCUCGUUUGGGAGCCCAGGUUUCAGCCCCUUGCCCCAGUCUUUAAUGAUAUUGCCAAGCUCAAGGACGAGCAUUCCCAGACUCCUGGCGUUUCAAAAGACACGUCUUUUGUCCACCCACCGCCUCUGAUCACAGCCAUAGCCCAGCCCGGGAUUAAGGCGGUUCCACCACGCAUGCCAGCCUCAGCCCUGGGGCAGCUUCCUCCGACAUUCCCCCGCUCCCCCCUUCCCUACCACAGCGGGGCUCUGCCAGAGGCCAUGACUCCCAGCUUUUCACCAUCUCUGUCCCUCCUGACCAUGCAGACUCCCACCAGGAGGCCGCGGGUGCCAGAUGGAGAGUUAUUAGGUAUGCACAGAAGUGUCACAUGCCACGAACUGAAGACAGAGGGCGAAGCUGAGCUCUAAGGCAGCAGUGGGGCCACUCCUGUUCACCUCCCUCAAGCCGGCCCCUGGGGACUGGACCCAACCACCCUUCCCCAGAGCAAGUGACUUCAUCUCGCCAGGGUUUUGAAAACUCUCGCAUUUAAGUUUCUUGAUUUUCUUCUAGCCUUAACGAGAAGAUAUUUCUUCUUUUGGAUGUUAUGUUUUGUUCUCAGGACUCAUAUCUGUGUACUGGCCUUUCCUAAAUGAUUAUUUUCUAUGAUUAGAUUUCAAAAGGACACGAUGAACUUUAUUGACCACCACAAGGUUCGGAUACAAACGAGAGUCCAGAGUGUACGUGCUCAUAGGACCUCUGAAAACGCUGCUAUAGAUAAAACAAAGAAAGAUUGACAAGCUAGGAGACGAGGCUGGGAUAGAAAGUAACAGUGAGGGACAAGCUUAUGUUUUAAAGUGACAGUUUGGGGGUCUGAUGCAGAGAUUCGUUUCUCUUCUUCUCCCCAUACCACACCUGGGGGCGGGGGUAGCCACUAUUUGCAUUUGAAAAUGCGUGUAGUUGGAAAUACAUUGAGCAACCAUGAAUGAAAUAUGUUAGAGUUUUAGGCCAAUAGGGCAAAACAAAACAAGCAUUCUUGACUGAAUGAGGCAGAUCAUGUUCUUGACAUGGGCAAGGAUAGAUAGAAGAAAUAGUUACAUGUCUGCCAGAGACACGUUGACUUGGCCUUUUCUACAAAUGAUAUUUUUUUCUUCAGUAUUCUGUCUUGUAAGGCCAUAGAUAUACACAAUUAAAAGAUUAAUUUAUAGAAAUGUCUCCAUUUUAUUUUUUUCCACACAGAGGAACUUUGAGAAUGAAAUAAUUUAUCCCACUCAAUGUCCAUUUUAGAAGUUGUGUAGAUAAAAUUGUGUUAUUAGCUAGUGAUAAAUUUCACAGAGUAAUUUAGCAGUAUAUUUUUAAAUGAUUUUUUUUUUAACAUGAAAAACUUCUACUUUAAGAGCUAAGGACAGAUGCCAGGAACCUCUUUCCCAUUAGCAGCAUGUGCGCACUUGCCUUCAGUGGUCAUUGCCUGGAGCGGAUUGACGACACGGGGCAAUCCAUUCUCUUCUGCACAGUUCCUGCUUCGGAAACACGGUGGUGUUAUCUGGGACUUACAUGCACUGUUACUUCUUUCUCUCAGUGAGCCCAAGAGCACAUCAGAGAUGCUUCUCCCCUUCAGCCAGACGGAGCACAUGCUGGCAAUGGUGGCCCAGAGGGUCAGGCUUCGGGAUCACAGUUUAGGAAUUCUAAUGUGAAAUUUCAAGGGCCUCUGGAUACUUUUCUUAGUUGUUUGGGUGGGCUUCGGCUAUAGAAAUGUUUUCUCUGUGUUUUAUUAUUUUUCCUUGUGCCUCAUCCAUGAAAUUAGGUGAAGUAAUUUUGUUUUACUUUAAAAACAUUGCAGGUGAAUUGAGAUCUACUUCUGCAGACAAAUAGUUUAAAGGCUUCCUGUGCCAAUAUGCAUUACACAUUGCCACAAAGCUUUGCGGACUCAAGUUGAAAGCACGUGUAUAAACUCACAUUAGUAAGUGCACAGGACAUGAAGGUUUUUAGACAAGGCUGGAAUUCUAGGGAAAGUCAUUUAGGUGUGGAGCAUCUUAAUAUUACAAUACAGGGGCUGGGAAGAUGGCUCUGAAGUUCAAGGCGCAUUUUAUUCAAGCCCGCUAGUCUGAAUGUGAUCGUCCUCAGCUCCCACGCAAAGUGGGAUGCAAAGGGGUGCAUGGCCUGUAAUCCCGAAGUGCCUGUGGCAAGGAGAGGCAGGGCCGGGAGAAUCCAGAAGCUCACAAGAAGAAACCUGAAAGACCCUGUUUCAAAGAAAAUGUAGGAGAGUUGAAACACCCAGACAUACUCCUUUGACUUCCACACACACACAGUACAUGCACACAUAUAUGCAUACGUGCAAAUAAAUAAAGGAAUAAUCAUAGAAAUUAAAUAUUACAACAUAGACUCAUGUCUCCUUGUCUUCAUUACAUAUGGGGAAGGUAUUUCAUCACUUUUAUUUAAAAAUAAUUGCAAUUGUUUCACUGUUCCAGUUACUGUCUCUUCAGCAGGCUGCAUUGAACAGAGGGGGGAAAACUAUGCUAUUUUUUUUUUUUUUGCUAACUAUAUGUGAAACUUUUAUUUUGUAACAGAAUUAUUUGUGUAAGCAUGACCUUUCUGUUGUUUUUAAACAAGUUUUUUUUUAAAUUCACUUAUGCUUUUAAAAGAACACUCCAUCUAACCCUUCCCCAAGCUAUUUGCCUGUGAUCUAUCUCUGUACAUGAAUUUGUAUUUUUUUCUAGCUAUUUCAUAAAAACAGAAGACAAGACAUGUUUCAAGUUCCUUACCAAUAUUUAGCAUUUCUUUAAUUGAUGGCUUUAUUAAUACUGUUUCCAGCACCAUGCUCCCAUCAAACAAAUGUCAUGAGUGGAGUUAGGAGUACAAAUCUGAAAAUGCUGGCCAAGUGUUAGUAAUAAAUCAUGUGUCCAAACUA